UGGCGCGUUUCGCUGGAGGCAGGUUGUGAGGGGGCUUUUUGCGAUGGCAGAAUGCAUGUCGAUAGACGUCAUUUGGUUUUAAUGGCCUACAGGAAAUUUGGCGUUACAAUACGAGACAUUAGGAAGGGAGAGACAGGACAGGAAAAACUGCCGCAUGGAAAUUGUUUAUGGAGAUCUGCAUAUUCAACAUCAGCAUUUCUUAUAUAGACACUUUAUCAACAAGUUACAGUGCGCUUCAAUAAUCUCUCUGAGUACAAGAGAUGUGAGAAGCGUACCCUGCGUUACUUAUUUUGGGAAAUAUAUGCCUAGCCGAAAAUGCCUGGGGAAAUGUUGCAUCAGACGAAAUGACAAUGAUUAAAAUCUGUUCUUUUCCUCUCUAAAUCUUUUGAGAAACGUAACACUGACCUGGUACUGAACGUCAAACCGUUAGACACCUCCAAACCAGAACUUAAAACCGUUACAUUGAUUGGAGCAUUUUCAUUUUUGGUCAGAAAAUAAGAAAUCAAAACUAAUAAUUCCGUCUAAUUCUAAUAAUAAAUUCGACAAAACCAGGAAAUAUUCUCAGUUUUUGUCUUAAAAUGAGCUAUAGGGUGCGAGUAGGGUUGAGCUAAUUGUAGCCUAAUCCUUGCCCCAGAGGCGUUUGGAAAGCCUGGAGCAAGAAUUCUUUUUUAGCUCUCCUCUGUUAUUUCGAGACGGAUUAUUGCCUUUCUUCUUCUCAUAAGAGACCCAGCAGUUUCAUUUUAGCAAAAAGAAGGACAGGAAAAAACCCGUGGCAGUCGACCAUCUGAUAUUAAAGUCUACAGAAAUAAGCGCCGAGAAAGGGAAAGAGAUUUCUUCUACGUUCGAGGAAGGAAAAAACAUGUCACGGCUGUCUUUGACCCGGUCUCCAGUGUCUCCUCUGGUCACUCAAGGAAUCCCUCUGCCAGCUCAGCUGACGAAAGCCAAUGCUCCUGUUCACAUCGAUGUCGGGGGACACAUGUACACCAGCAGUUUGGCAACCCUCACCAAAUAUCCAGACUCAAGAAUCAGCCGGUUAUUCAAUGGCACGGAGCCCAUUGUGUUGGACAGCUUGAAGCAGCACUACUUCAUCGAUCGAGAUGGAGAGAUAUUCCGGUACAUUCUCAGCUUUCUAAGGACCAGCAAACUUCUCCUCCCAGAUGACUUCAAGGACUUCCAUCUUUUGUAUGAGGAGGCCCGGUACUACCAGCUGACGCCCAUGAUCAAGGAGCUGGAGCGAUGGAAGCAGGAGAAGGAGCAGAGGAAGCUGGCGCAGCCCUGCGACUGCCUGGUGGUGCGCGUUACGCCCGACCUGGGUGAGAGGAUCGCCCUCAGCGGCGAGAAGGUGCUGAUCGAGGAGAUCUUCCCCGAGACCGGAGACGUCAUGUGCAACUCGGUCAACGCCGGCUGGAACCAGGACCCCACGCACGUCAUCCGCUUCCCGCUCAACGGCUACUGCAGGCUCAACUCCGUGCAGGUCCUGGAGCGGCUCUUCCUGAAGGGCUUCAGCGUGGCGGCAUCGUGUGGCGGGGGCGUGGACUCCUCCCAGUUCAGCGAGUACGUGCUGUGCCGCGAGGACCGGCGGUGUCAGCCCCUCAACACUUCCAUCAGGAUAAAGCAGGAGCCCCUUGACUGAGGCAUGCUGGGAAGGGAACUGGUGCCAAGGCGGACUCUUCAACAGAACAAACCCCCCCCCCCCUUCCCUCUGCCCCUGCCCCUGCCUAUAUGUAAACCCCACUCUGAAACCUGAAACCGCGGUGGGUUAGAAGUCUUCAGCUCACAUCUCUAGUUCUGUGGAACACAUCGUUCCGACGGGAAUGUAAUGUCAAAUAGGCCGAAAAAAUGUCUUGAUUCUGUUAAGACCCAAAGAAUUUUCAACACACAAGGACCUGUGAAGAAGAAUCAAAGACAGAUGGACAAUUUCUCCUUCUGCUGCCAAAUGUUCUUUCCCCGUUUUUACGAGGCUCUCAGUCCCAUGUGCCAGGACAUGAGAGCACACUCCAUGGAGGAGGGAAGGCCAGUCUCUCACUUGAGCGUGGUCAGUCAUGUCGUUCGGUCCAUAUGACGCCAGUCUGUUCUGUGUGGAAGUGUGGACUGUUUCAUGGACUGCGCUCAUGGACUGUUCUCAUGUACAGUGCUCAUGAAUGGUUUUCAUAAGACUGCACUCAUGGACAGAUUUCAUGGACUGUGCUCAAGGACAGUGCUUAUGUGUGGAGGCUCAGCCAUUUUCUUAGCACUCAUUGGAAGUCAGUAGGGUCCAACCGGCUUACUGGAUACCGAAUGGAACAGUGUGCGCCUCAACACAACAUCAAACCACAGAACAAGACGCAACCACACCGUGUAACACAUCAGCAUAGCAUAGUGCAUAACAGCAAUGUACCAGAGCACAUAACACUAAAAACAAGCCAAAACCACACUGACAACACAACCAUACAGUGCGGUACAGGAUAUAGACAAACCACACAGCACAGCACAACAGGCUACACUACACAACAUAGCACACCGCCAACCUGGCUCAUUUCCAACUCAAAUGAUCCUGCUUCUUUCAAUCUGUUUUCGGUGCCAAACUUAUCAUUUUAGGUUGUUUAUAUAGUACAUUUUCAUCUUUUGAUAUUUUGCAACAAUGACUUACAAAGUGUGAGUUUUAGUUGUUUUUUCAUAUGAAGGAUUUCUGGAAUUUGUUUGCAAGAGUCAUUGGUUUGAAGGCAUGAGUAGGAACUGUUUGGCAGUGGCUGAAACACUAUUGUAUCUGGAGGCUACGUGGCUAAAGUAGUCUAGUUACUAAUGCAUUCAGAAUCAUAGAAGGCCUCAUUGUUCUAAUAAUGCUGGAGGGGUACCUGGAUAUUCGAAAGCGCUGUUCUGAUGUUUCUCAAUAUUCCACCCCCAAAUACACAAUAAUUUUUUUUUAUGGUCUUUGUAUUGUUCUCUCAUAAUUUGUAUCCUUUAUGGUAGGUUUACCCACAAGCGCAAGAUUUCCAUGAAUAACAAAUUGAACAUUCCAAAAAAAGAAAAUAAAACAAUUAAAGCUAUUUUAUGUCAAAUUAGCAUUGGCCAUGAUGAUCUGUAGUAAACUUAGUGAAUUUUAUAAAUACCUUUCAGCAUUUGUAGGCGUACGAUUCCUAAUUGGCAUUGGGCCACAAUGACUGUCCGCCAUAAUAUUUCAGGUCCGCUUAGGACCUGAUAACCAGUAUCAGAACCUGCUGUGGGGGAAUAGUUAUGAAGAGUGGGCCUGCUCUGUGCUCGAUUUCCUUUUUUUGCACUUGGCAGUCCCCCCAUCCCCCCCCCCCCCCCCCCCGUCCCGCUUUCUCUGGGACGAGGCGUGACUAUGGAAGCAGUCGGUGAGGCCCCUUGUCGAGGUCGUACCCAGGGGCAGUUAUUUCCUGUUACCCCCCCAGCAACCCUGCCCCACCCCCGCAUUGGUGAUGUCUGAAAUGGGCCCAUUAUUCCCGGGUGUAACCAGGGCCCCAAGGGCUUUCUGCUGGGAGGUGGAGUGAAUUAAGUCAGUCAGGUCACAACACAGACAAGCUGGCCCACCUGAGAGUGGUGUCAGGUUCAGUGUUCCUCCCAUUUACUCAUUCCACUUCUGAAAGGCAGUCACUAGGACAGAAGAGAAUUAAUUUCAUGGCUUAUGCUGUGACCUUGAAAUAUGUCGGGCGUGACAAAGCAUGCUCAUUUCGAUUCUAGUUAGUUUGUUGUAGCCUGGCCAUACAUAUGGGAUUGUUUUUUUCCCUCCAAGUCCAGAGAAGAAACUUAGUCCUGCUAGCCAAAUAUAAAUAGAAGAAGACAACUGUUUAAACUCAUUAUAUUUGUCUAUCAGAUCUUGAUCAAAGAGAACAACUUAAAAGACAAAGUGUAACUGAUAAACAGGAGCAUUCAAAUUCUGGAGGCAGAUUGUCAGAAAGAACGCAAGGGGAAUUUUCCCUUUUGAGUAUUUUUUGUGAUAUUUUUUUGUUUGUUUGUUUUUUGUUUAUUUGGCCUGACCAAAAAUAGGAACAUUAAUGUGAAGGGGCAGUUUGCCAGAACAUAAAGGGAAUUUUCAUUUUUGAGUAGCUUGUGAUCGUUUGCUCACCUAGGAAAUGGGAACAGAAAUUGGUGGUACUGUAAAGUAACUUCGUUGCACUCUAUUUCCUACCUACUUGUUUGUUGAUGAAAUAACCACAGAGACUACUUGUUUGUUGAUGAAAUAACCUCCACACUUUCCUCACCCGGAAGCACACAUACAGCUAUACAUCCAUGGCUAGAAGAGUCUAUAACUCAGUGGCAGCGAUUCCAGCCCACUAAUGAAUAUUUCUGCUUUUGUUCUGCAACACAAGACAGCACUACCUAUCCCAGUGGAAGACACAUAGGCUACCGCGUUCUAUAGACAUGCAAGUAAUAUGGUGUGAUAUUUAGACAAGGAAAGUGACGGCAACUCCAACUUUGGAAGCUUUUUUUUGAAGUCCUGUUCUGAUGCUUGUGUAGAGUCACUGUGAAGAAUGAAGUCUUUCUUGUCUUGGAAAGAAAUUUCUCUUCUGUUUACUGCCCUGAUUCUUGUCCCCCAAUGAAUAUCUGCUCACCUGAGCUGAAUCCAUAAACAAAGGGGGGAGACCACUUCUCUGUGUGCUAUUUAGUCUGAAGACUAGUCACUUGUAUAAAUAUUUGUACAUUGAUAUGUAAUAGGACUCUCGGUUUGAGUGUGUGUUCUGGCAAAAAAAAGUUAAUAAUAACGAGAACCUCUUAGUCCUAUUUUCAUUUUCCUGGAAAAGAGAAGCUCUUUAAUCAGGAAUUAAAAUUUGCAAGCAAUAUGUUGUGUACAUAUGGAUUUUUAAAGAAAGACAUUUCAAAAUGUAUACAAAAGUGCAAAUGUAUAUUAUUUAAACAAAUGUUUUAAUAAUUAGUCAAUAGUAUUAAAGGGCAUGUGUUAAUUUUACAGUGUCAAUUAUUUGAUUUUAUUUGCAUAUUUUCGUUAAUAAAAUGAUGUACUGUUUAUUUAAAA